ACCUGGCAGCGGAGCUGGACCGUCGCUAAGAUUUCCCACACUAUUCCGGAGUGCGUCGCCGAUCAACUGUCAGCCACGGCUCAGUCGGGUGCAAGUGGCCUCGGGGGCUCCAAGCCGGGCGACCCGUCGGCGGCUGCGAAACUCAAACCCAACUACUCGCUCAAGUUCACCCUCGCUGGGCACACCAAGGCCGUCUCGUCGGUCAAGUUCAGUCCAAAUGGAGAGUGGCUGGCCAGCUCUUCGGCAGACAAGCUCAUCAAGAUCUGGGGUGCUUAUGAUGGCAAAUUUGAGAAGACUAUUUCAGGACACAAACUGGGGAUCUCCGACGUGGCAUGGUCCACAGACAGCCGCCUACUUGUGAGUGCGUCCGAUGACAAGACCUUGAAAAUAUGGGAAGUGAGCAGUGGCAAAUGCUUGAAAACACUGAAAGGCCACAGUAACUACGUCUUCUGCUGCAACUUCAAUCCGCAGUCCAACCUCAUUGUCUCUGGCUCUUUUGAUGAGAGCGUCCGGAUAUGGGACGUCAAGACGGGCAAGUGCCUCAAGACCCUGCCGGCACACUCGGACCCGGUCUCCGCCGUACACUUCAACAGGGACGGAUCCCUGAUCGUCUCCAGUAGCUACGACGGCCUCUGCCGCAUCUGGGAUACUGCAUCUGGGCAAUGUUUGAAGACGCUGAUAGACGAUGACAACCCACCAGUUUCCUUUGUAAAAUUUUCACCCAACGGCAAGUACAUCUUGGCGGCGACGUUGGACAACACAUUGAAACUGUGGGACUACAGCAAGGGAAAGUGUUUGAAGACGUACACGGGGCACAAGAACGAAAAGUACUGCAUCUUUGCAAACUUUUCGGUGACCGGCGGCAAGUGGAUUGUAUCCGGAUCAGAAGACAACUGUGUUUAUAUUUGGAACCUCCAGACCAAGGAAGUGAUGCAGAAGCUCCAAGGACAUACCGACGUCGUCCUAUGCACCGCCUGCCACCCCACGGAAAACAUCAUUGGCUCAGCCGCGCUCGAGAACGACAAAACAAUCAAACUCUGGCGGAGUGACACAUGAACGGCCAGCGGCAGUCACCACCACCAUGCCGCACCCGAAGCUUCACACCCCGCUCGUUGUCCAUCUCUUGGGAUUUCUUUUUUUUUUUUAAGUAUAUGAAACAUUUUUUAUGCUUUCUUCACUCGAUUUGGCUCCAACCUUUUCCCAGUGUACAAACCAAAAGGAUGUCUGUGAGGCAUUAAAGACCAUAACGAAAUCA